CGAAGAGAGGCAGUGAUUCAUCUUGCUCUUAUACUUAACCUUUGAAGGACUAACGUCUGCUUACAUCCACCCAACUGGAAUGACCAGCAUCGGUGUAAAUAAGUGGACAAACCCAGCUCAAUUUCAGCGUGACCGCUCUCAGGUGUGAUGGAAAGCGCUGCUGAUGACUACAGGAUCCAGUCCUUUGACCUGGACACUCAGAUGUUGCUGAAGACAGCCUUAAAAGAUCCAAGUUCAGUGAACCUGGAGAAGGUGUCUAAUGUCAUUGUGGAUCAGUCUUUAAAGGACCAGCUUUUCAGCAAAGAAGCUGGUCGCAUCUGCUACACCAUCGUGCAGGCCGAGACCCAGCAGAACAACGGCAACGUGUUCAGGAGGAGCGUGUUGAACCGCCUCCAGCAGGAGUACAAGAGACGUGAGGAGACGAGGGGGCGCUCGCUGCAGGAGUGGAUGUGUUACGUCUCGUUCAUCUGCAACGUCUUCAACUACCUCAAAGUGAACAACAUGCCCAUGGUGGCUCUGGUACAUCCGGUCUAUGACUGUCUGUUCCGGCUCGCCCAACCAGAUGCUCUAAUGAAUGAAGAGGAGGUGGACUGCCUGGUGGUGCAGCUGCAUCGCAUCGGAGAGCAGCUGGAGAAGGUGAACGCCCCGCGCAUGGACGAGCUCUUCUUCCUGCUGCGGGACGGCUUCCUGCUGCAGGAGGGCCUGACCUCCAUGGCCCGGCUGCUGCUGCUGGAGAUCCUGGAGUUCAGAGCCGGAGGCUGGUUGCUCAGCGGGACCGCCCACAAGUACUACUACAGUGAACUUGCUGACUAG